ACAGUUAAUCCAACAUGAUCAUUGUCGGACUGACUGUGUAGUAGCAUUAUGGCAACCUCACCCAACACCACGACGCAAUACACCUCGGAGCAAUUCGUCGAAAGCAGUGGGGCGAUCUUAUUCGACCUAUCGCACAGCCAAAACAAGACUGUCUGCCUAAUUCAUUACCACGCGAAGAACGAAUGGCUUCUCGCAAAAGGACGCCGUAAUUGUGGUGAAUCCAGACAGGAGGCUGCCCUGCGCGAAGUCCGCGAAGAAACUGGCUAUCAGGCUCAUCUCCACCCGGUCACAAUGCAGACCCGUGCCCCUCCAAUCGACGAACAGGGCCACAUGCCCGAUGUACCUCGCUCGUUCCCGGAUAUCACAGAGCCGUUUAUGGUCACUAUGCGACAGUUAGGCAAGGAUGGUGGGAAUGAUGUUAAAAUUAUCUGGUGGUUUAUUGCUGCCCUGGGUGAGGGGGUGGUUCCUGGGUCUGGUGGUAGUGGGGAGGAGCAGUUCACAUCGGAAUUCUUUCCCUUGGAGGAGGCUUUGGAGAAGCUGAGUUUUCAGGAUGAUCGCAAUGUCCUGCAGAAGGCAAUCUCAUUGGUACAACCUUAAAGAAGGUUUAUCUGGUGUGAAUAGUAAUCGCUAUUGACAUGUAUGCUACAUUCUAUUCGAAUGACCAAGCCGUAUCCAGCCAGAAUCACAAACCUUCACAUUCACAUUCGCAUUCGGGUCAAUGCCCUGUCCACUAAUUCCAACUGGAUGUCUAACAAACAAACGAUAUAAUCGUGGGGUUCUGAAUCAUCGCAAUUGUCCGUGUACAACAGACCAUGUGUCAAACGAGCGUGUGUCUAAGCAGACAUGUUGUCGUUCCAUCGCAGCACAAAUGGGUCUUCGCUAGCUCAUAGACACUAUCCUUGCUUGAAGUCAGUACAGUACCAAUAAUCAGCUCUUCAUUACAAUGUAAGGCAACAGUUCUAUGGUCUCUCCACCGACAAGAUGCCGAGGCUUGGCAGCGGCGUCGGGGUUGAUAGUAGGUUUGGUACGAGAAGAUGACUACCCGUGACAGUCGCCUA